UUGAAGUGUCUAUUUUAAAAAAGUGAUCGUUUUGGGUAAUGUUUGCACUAUCAUCUGCUAAUGUAGUUCUUAUGCCUCUCAUAUGUUUGUGAAAUAAUGGAAUCGUCUAUUCUAAAUAUUUUAUUUAUGAAAUUUAAUUGUAAGCUGACAUUCCUUAACCCCAUCUCUACCGUACCGGUCAAUUUGACCGGUGGCGCGUAAAAAUAAGACUACGCAAAAGGAGUGCCCUUAAAUCUUUGAAACUACGUCCAUAAGAUUAUGAUCUACAUAUCAUAUUUUUGGAAAUUUUCUCUAUUUUGUAACUAUGUAAAUUUUAAUUGAGUAAAUAAAGCCAUUAAAUCAAUAAAAGCAUUUAAAGUGAAAGAUGGCUUCGUCUAAAUAUGACGCAACGCUUUGUCGCAAGGUCAUUUUCCCCCUCGAUACCAUUUUUUUAUUGUCCCUCUGAAUGCAAUAUUUUUUAUACGUUUGAAAAUCAUAUAUUCCCUGCCUUCAGUGUAUAUAAAAAUUAUUUAUAAUGCCCGGCAAUGUAAUAAGAAAAUAGCAAUUGUUUGUAUAUUGAAAUAGGGAAAAGUAAAUACAGCCUGUAAAAGUAGAGGGAAUUUCCUUUUUGAUGAGCCCUGAUUCGUGUUAUAAUUCUCGGUAGUUUUUAUACAACGAUAAAAUGAAAUUGGGACAUGCGAUGCGGUUUUUAUCAAAAUUACUGACAAAAUGACGUCGCUGAAUCCGAUCGACCCGCGUCGCACAAUAAAGUAGUGUAAAAUAUGUGUAUUGACCUCUAUUGGUUACUUGCUUUUGAUACACUAAAUCAAUAUACACACAUGUAUGAAAUAAUUACCCUGGUAUUCUCUGCUUUAAAAAAAACCCAAUAAAACCAUUAUUGAUACAAGUAGAUCUAUAUAUCAGAACUUUACACAAACCAUUUGUAAGUUCAUGAAACACAUAUUGAGAAUGUAUCGUUAGAGUACGUAUAGAUUGAAAAAAAAAAUACAUCAGAUUUAGAUAUAAAUAUCAUGUAACAUUUUUCGGUAUAGCUAUAUUUUUUUUCUGCCAAACAAAGAAAAAAUUAACAAGUCCGACGCUUUUUUCCGUGAUCCGGAUCCGGGGUUUACUGAGUGUGCAGGAGUAACACGUGUUUCCGUUUGACUGAAAAACCCACAGCGAACGCUAAGAUUUCAACGCUUUAACGCUUAUAUACAACCUUCACUAUGGAAAACGACCUGAUAUCGUCAGAUGAAGAAGAUGCAUUGGACCUCCUUUUGCAGGAUACAUUUGAUGACGAUCCAAGCGACUCUGCAUUCACUAUAAAUGACAUGUAAGUUGAUGUAGUCACAGAGGACUAGGAAAAAGUGCGCGAAAAGGUGUUUGUGGUUUUGUCGUUUUAUGGAAAUUUACAAUAUGAUGCCAUAAUUUGUCGUUUCGUGAAAGAAAGUAUCUAUAUGUAUGAUACCUACACCAAGUAUGCAACAUACAACUCUUUAUUAAGAACUGAACAUAUAUGAUUUAAUGUGUUCAAUUUGUCAUGGCCCGGCAUUCAUGGGCGCUCGUGUGCUAAUUUUCUAUGUUGAUCAAAAUCCUUUCUUUCUAUUUCCUCAAAAAAAAAUUCAAACAUGAAUAAUUAGGAAAAAUCAUAUUGUGAUGAUAGAAUUCAUUAUCAUAAUUUGAGUUAUUUUUUUCAUAUUGUAGCAAAAACGAAAUGCGGGAAGGGGGGGUCGAUUUUCGAAAGGCUAAUAGAAAAAUCAUGGUUCCCUUUUACACUGUAUCUAAGUACAUGCAUUUUAUACCUAUGUAGUUAAUCAUAUAUGACAAUAAAUCACAUGUUAUCCAUACCUGCUGGUGCUGGUGUGCCAGGUGUGCUGUUGGUAUUAGAAUGAUCUAAGCAUAUCGUUGAAAUGAUUAUGUCCUAUGGACCCGAAGCCUUUACUGAGACAUAGUUUGAUUAUUCAAAACCAGUGUGCUAUGAGAUGAUGAGCAAGUGCCCCAUCUUGCCUAGAUGUCUCUAAUUUUGACUAAAUAUAUCUCCUAUUUAGUCUUUUGUACUAUUUUCUAUCAUUUUUUUAUGAGGUGAAAUUAAUAAAAUGACGCAAAUUUUAAUGGUUUUUGAAAAAAAUUAACUUCUCCCAAUAAAGUAAUUCAAGAAAUCAAUAGAUUUUGCCAUUUAUUUCUCCGGGAGUGGAAGAAAUCAUUGCUUCUUACAUUGUUUAGUACAUUUUUUUGAGCACAAUACCACGAUUUACCUUAAUUUUGAAAAUUUUAAGGGAGGGGGGCGCCUGUGUCCCCCUUAAAGUCGCCACUGGGCAUCUCUAUUUGUAAAUGAAUUGACCAAUACUUCCAAGCGAAGCUAUCCAUUGCUUCCUUGAAGCGUACAUUGCUUUAAAGCUUAGAUCAGGAAUGUUUAAUUGUAAUUAUGUUUUCAUCUUUAAAAGGGUAUUGGAAUCCCAGUCCUCAGUGGGAAGUUCCCAGUUAUCUUCCGCUAGUGAAGAUCCAUUGACAAAUCCAGACAUGCAUUGGAAGGAUGCUAAUGUAGACGACACAGGGGCACCGGAUCCAAGAACUGUGGCUUUUCACCCGGAACGACAACCUGGCAUUCAGAUGGGACGACUCUUGAGGCUGAGUAUAGGAUAUGGGGCCAGAUUGUUCAGAGAACCAGUAGAUUUUCUGAAGCUGUUUUUGACGGAAGCUUUGGUUUUUUCCAUCUGUGUUGCCACCAACCAUUAUGCUGAGAUGGCCAUAUCUAGAGGGGAAAGAUUGUCGUAUGCUUCCCAAGGAAGUUGGCAGCCUCUGACUGAAGAGGAACUGUAUAGAUUUUUGGGCAUUGUCUUAUAUAUGUCUGUCGUAAAGUUCCAGUCGAUAGAUAGGUAUUGGUCAACACAUGCCCUAUAUCGGAACAACCCAGUACCAGGAAUUAUGUCUAAAAAUAGAUUCCAGGCUAUUUUGUCCUUCUUACAAGUAACUCCACCAGCUGAUAUCAACAAAGCUGAGAAGUUAACACGCAUACAGUCAUUGGUUGAUCAUGUUUGUGAGAAAUCGAAGGAAUUAUACCAGCCUUACAGGAAAAUAGCGGUAGAUGAGAGAAUGGUCGCCUCUAAGCAUAAGUUCUCGGGUAUUCGUCAAUUCAUUAAAGACAAACCUGUUCGCUUUGGAAUAAAACUUUGGGUUGUAGCAUGUUAUAUGUCUGGCUAUACAUACAACUUUUUUGUCUAUCUUGGUAAAAAUAAUACUAUUUUUACAGAUAAAACAAAGGGUAUUGUAUUUAAUGUCACUAUUACAUUGUGUAAACCUCGUUUUGAUCAAGGAUAUAGGUUGUUUACUGAUUGUUUUUAUACAUCUAUAGCUCUUAGCAAAGAAUUACUUGCUAGGAAAAUUUACCUUAUUGGUGUACUGAAAUCUAAUAGCUUGUCUAUACCUGAUAAACUUAGAAAUGUGAAAAUGUGGGAAAGAGUAGCCACUAGAGGUGAUUUUAGAUGGCACAGAGUUGAUGAAUUUGUAUUUGUGCAAUGGAAAGAUUGUAAGGUAGUUACGUUUAUGUCGCCAUUACACCAUGGCUCAGCUACAACUGUUUGUGAACGCACUAUGAAAUCUAGAUUAACUUGGAACAAAAAAGGACUUGUACAACCUGUAGUUGCUAAUGAUUAAAAUAAAUGUAUGGGAGCUGUAGAUCUUUCAAACCAGUUUACAAGUAAAUAUCCGUCUUAUAUUAGAACACAGUAUCAUUGGUGGAAAGUUAUGUUUUUUCAUUUGCUUGAUAUCAUGGUUGUUAAUUCUUAUAUUAUUUUUGAAGAAUUUAGAAAAUUACGUGCCAAUCAGUUUACAAAUUGUUCUUCUGUAUAUGGACAACUUGAAUUCCGAGAAUCACUUGCCAUGUCACUGAUGGGUUUAAAUGAAAAGUGUGCAUCAAAAGAAAGUCCUAUUGCAUGUAUACCUGACUUUUUAGAUAAAAGGAAAGGCUGUACAUUUUGUAAUGCUGAGGCAAUUUUUAUGAAUGAGAAGGUUCCAAGUUAUAAGACAUCUGUAUUUUGUGUAUCAUGUCAAGUUCUUCUUUGUUUAUCAAAUGACAGAAAUUGUUUUAAAAAAUGGCACAGUAAAGAAGGGGAAGAUGUUCGAAAUUGUGCAAAUUUGUCAUGUAAAAAGAGAAAAUUAUGAAUAUACUGUGUUAUCAAUGCAUUUUUUUCCCUGAUGUCAGAGGUAUCACAAGUGAAUGUAAUGCAAUACACAUAAAAUGUGUGUAGUUCUUAAAAUCUGGAAUAUUUUACUGCAUGUACAUUUUUGUUUCAAUAUGUUAAAUGGCUUGUGUAAUUAACCACCAGAGGUUUUAAAAGGUUGCAUAUAAUAAACACAUUCUUGUUAAACAUGAUGCAAGUGCAGUUAGAUAUAGUGAUUCAAAGCAAGUACAUGUACAUGUACUUGAACAUUCCUACGUGGAGAGGAAAAACGGGUAGUACUUUAUGAUAACAUUUGUUACGGUGUUGUUGCUUAGCAACAAAAUAUAUUUGAUGUAAAAAAAAAAAUCAAAUUAUUUUGAAUGAAAAGUUAAAGAUCUUUAUUUUUGAUGUUGCAGUAUUCUAUCUAGUGGAAGAUAUUCACAGAACAUCAUUGUUAAAAAACGAUGUCAAUGUACAUUACGUACAACUUUUGAAUUUAUGACCUUUGACCUUAAUUAUAUCCCAAGUGUUCAUAAUAUUUGUUAACAUCUUUUUAAAAUCACUAAGAUCUGCCUACAUAUUAUAUUUUCAAAAUAAUGUGGCAUUUACUAAUAAUCAUGAUAUGCAAUUAUGUUUAAAUUGUGUCAAAUGGCUGCAGAAAGGCAAAUUUUGGUCAAAAUUACACUGCUAGUGUUGUUACUUAGGAACCAAAAAUAUUUAUAUGUCAAUAAAAUUAAAUAAUUUGAUUGUAAUGUUGUAGUAUUUUAAAAGGCACAUCAGCUCAUACAUUUAGAAUUUCCUAUUUUUGGUUCUAAUUUAGUGAGAGGGGUCAUGAUAUAUAUAUUUCUGGAAAAAAAAUGUUUGAAAAAUCUGCACUUAUUUGACCUUUGACCCUGUAGACCUCUUUAAGGUCAUGGAAUAUCCUGACAUUUUUAGAAAAUUGUUCUCCGUCCAAUUAUGAACAAAAUUAAAUAUCAUAUGCCUACAUCAAAUGAAGGCACAUAUUGAUUUAAAUCGAUUUAAAAGACACUGUCAUCUUGUCUUUAAAAACCUCUAAAAAGUACCGGUAGAGAAAAGGUUAAUAUGAAUGAUUUAAUAUUUCAAAGGUUGAGUAAAAAAAAAAUAACUGUCAAUAAGGCAACUAUAAGCAUUGACAAAGUCAUACCUACAUGUAGUUUUGUUUCCAUAAAUUAUUUACUUGCUGAACAUUCCUUCGGAAAUUGUUAUCGCAUAUCAAGACGUUACUAGAUGUAGGUUACAUGCCAUAAAUGUUGAUCACUGCUUCGAGAAAGUCAUUAGUAGCUGUAUGCACCUACAGAACGACGGUUAAUCUACAUGUAUAUGAUAUAAUCUUAUCUAUGCCAAUUUAUAGUUUGUGAGAUCCGUCU